AUGGCUUGUUUGGCCUUCGGCGCCAGCCCUGCGCUUGCGAUCCGAGCUGUCGCACAGCCUUCCAUAUCCCUUGAGGAGGACUGCUGGGAUUCUUUGUCUCCACCAGACAACUUGGGCACGCUCUCUGCCAUCAUGACGAAGAACUUGGGGCAGCAGUGUCGAAGUGAGGUGCAAGGACUCCUGGGGGACCUUUACGAGGAAUGCACGAAGAUCGAAGGGUCUUCCGAAAAAGACUGCCUCAAGGAGCUGUUUUGGUGGUUCUUUGGGUAUACUGGGGCCGGGUAUCGGGCCGGCUGGUACCAGAAACUAGCAGCCACACCCCGCGAAGCGAUGCUAUGGGCCGGCUUCUACGACGGCAGUCCCCUCGGUUUGACCCAGAAGGCCUUGCAGAGCUUUUCUAACAUGGUGGACACGAGCAUCGUCCACCCCAGCAGCAUCCUGGGCAAAAUAGUUCAGAGGAACAGCGACCUCCUUGGCUGCAGAGGCGAUAUAGGGGCUUGGAUGCCCUGCUGUUGCGUGAAAGGCACGGUGAGCGCGAUAGAUAAAGGUCCGGUUGCGGGCUUUUGGAGCGGCGCAAGCCGUUUCUUCGUGCAUGGCAUGGCUUCAAACAAUCAGUCGACGGUGGUGGCCGUCCUGAACAAAGUCCUGGAUAAAGACAAAAAGUGGUCGCUCCAGAAGUCCGUUUUUUGGAAGUACGAGCUGCCGCAACUAGCGUUUGAAAUAGCAGAGCCCUUAGACUUUCGCCCACAACUUCUACUGGUCGACAUGCGGGGCACCUGCGAAUACAUGACCAUGUUGGUGAUGAGGAGACUGGCUCGUUACGACCACAGGGCAGCCAAGGUUUGGUUAACCAGCAAACCGAUAAUUUGCCUCGAUUGCCUCCCGGGACUAUGUGACCUAGACGAGACGCUGGCAACCAGAGUCCGAUCGUGUUUGGGCAAAGACCUGCCCAGUUGUCCUAGGUUCGAGUUCUGCGAAGUCUAA